AUGGUCGAGGGUGUUGACAUUCAAAAAUUCCUGCAAACCGGCUACUGGCCGAGUUCUAGGGCCAGAAGCCCGGAUUCAAGAUUUUCAGACUCAAACAGCCCGUCGAAUGAGUCGUUUCAUAUAGACCCGACGGCUCCGAGAAGGUUGCCGUUCAAAGUAGCUCUGCCCGUCCACAAUCGGCAUUACCAGCCGCCCCCGCCCCCGAGCGUCGAGGAUGAAUCUGAGGCCCUUGCGAAGGAAUAUGGAUCCGUCGUCUCAACGCCUUCUGAGGAGCCGCCGUACCGCGGGGAACCCGACCAAGACCCAAUCCUCCUGCCCGUGCAUGAGUAUAACCCCGAGCGGCGUUUUGUGCUCGUGUCCAACGCCUCUGGUUCGUCGGAUGAGUCUUCAGGGUCGGAAAAGAAGCCGCCGAGGCGACCCAGGUCUAAGGAGCGGCGGGCCGAGCCGGAACCUACUCCGUAUGAGGCAAACACGGGCCGCAAAUAUGUCGCGCCCACGCCUCGAGGAGAUGAGACGGCCAAGAAGCGGGAGGCACGGCCUGCCCGUGAGAGGCGCCGGAGCAGAAUGGAUGAACUUCCUCCGAUAAUCACUGGUGCUGAGCCUGAGACAAGGCCACGGGAUGUCAGGCGCGCGAAGUCAACGACGAGAGCUGAUGUUCGUGGCGAAGACUACUUCUCGCCUCGGCUAACCUCACUAAGCUCUCGGUUCCAAGGUGAGAGCACGCUGUCGCCAGAUGUGACAGAGCAUGCUACACAUGGUCGGGACCGAUCCUACUACAAUGGAGGGCUGAGCCCCAACACUCAGCGCCGCAACAGGUCGGCUCAUCCCGAUCAGCAACACAGCCGCAAUCUGCCAAAUGACCACAAACACAAAGACAGCAGUCUGCAGCUAGGCCAGCCGAUAAGCCCUACUUUCCAAAAGAGGCAUACUGGAGAUAUACCGAGGCAAACACGACGUCCCUCCAAAAGUGGCCACGAGAUGCGCCGCCAAUACUCGGACAUGCCAGCCCCCAAGCUCAGUCGAAAGUGCUCGACUUCAAGUCAUGCUCAGUCCGAGCGGGAUUCCGCCUCUCUGAAAUCAGCGAGUCCACGAGAAAAAAGACACUCUCCGCAUUAUAAUGACACUUUCCACUCCAGUGACGAGGAGCAACGGCCUCGGCUGGACACCCGACGACGAAAGUCGGCCCUGCCCACAGAAAGAACCGAGUAUCUGGGGACUCCCACAGAAACGAAGACUGCUGAUAGACGAAAAUCCAGAGGAGUAUCUCCACUGCCCUCCCCGCGGGUAUCACAAAAUUCACACAAUGAGAGCUACUCGUCAUCUUCCAGUCCUCGCAGUUCGACGUUCCCAAGGGACCUGAGAGCUCCGCGUGAGGAGGAUCGCCCCGAGCGACCCUUGUCGAGAGCCUCGACUGCCAGGUCCGUUUUGAAUGCGGCUGCUCCAAUUCUGGUUCCAGCCGUUGUCGCAGCGGCAACUGCAGCUGCCUCUGAGUCAGGCAGUCCGAUUGACCAUCGUCGGUCUACGGUUCCUCCACCGCCGAAGGCAGCGACCAAAGUAGACAUACGUUCACCAGCAUCCGCGAUGCCCUCUCCAAGUCCAUCCACGCGCACGUGGCAGCCACCAAAAUUUGAGCCCUCAAGGAAUGGUGCUGACGUAGGCAAACCUAUCACCUCAUACAGACGAUAUUCCUUAGAUACCCAAUCCGGAGAGCUUCCCGAUAUAGGUCAUCACUGCCCUCGCACGAGAGAAGAGGCGGGCCACAUGGACUGGCUGACGCUACCACGCUGCGACAACUUCAACAUCUGCCCAUCGUGCUACAACUCCAACUUCGCUAAUACGGAGUUCGCACACCACUUCGUCAUGCCGCCCAUCCGCCCACGCGACCGACCUCUCGCAUGCGACUUUGGCACCUCGCAGUACUACCGCAUCGCGUGGCUCUUCACGCGCAAGUACAAGAAGCCCGACCUGAGCCUCUUCAUGAGCAUCGCCAAGAUCGGCGCCCAGAACACGCCCUGCACUGGGCACCGGGAGGCGAGCCGCAUCUGGUAUUCGGUCAAGGAUCCGCGGUCGAAGCGGCCGCUCCAGGAGUUCAACGUGUGCCACAGUUGCGCCAAGACAAUCGAGGUGCUGCUGCCGAAUCUGACCGGCCUCUUCGUGCCCAUGGACUCGCCCGCCGAGCCGACGCGCGGCGUCUGCGCCUUGCGCCAGCAGAAUGACCGGCAGCACGAGCGUGGCCGGUUCGUGCAGUACUUCGAUGUCUUGGAGACGACGGCCGAUCACGCCCUCGUCACCAGAAGCCCGCCUAACGUUCAGGUACUCGUCGAGCGCCUCAGGCGGCACAUGGAGAUCCCCGAAUGCGCAAACGGGCGCGAGCGCCAUGGCCAGAAGUGGCAUACCAUGCGCUCGAUCCCGGAUUUCACCGUGUGCGAGGAAUGUUUCGGGGAGGUGGUGAGGCCCCUGGUGAAUGGCGACGACGAGCGCGCCCUGCCCAUCGCAGGCAACUUCCACCACGAAUCGGUCCGCAUUCCCGUCGCCGCGUGCCAGCUGUACUCGUCCCGUAUGCGGGCCUUCUUCGCGCGGGCUAUCCAACGCCGGGAUUUGGGGUACCUGGACGCCAAGGUGCGUGAGCGCCUCGACAAGGAGCAGGAGUUCCACGACAAGGUCGCGGCGCUCGAUCGCGUGCCGCGUGGGACCUCGUGGGUCGAUGCCGAGGCGGAGAAAAUCGAUCGGGAGUGGCGGCGGUGGGAGUGA